AAGGAGGAGGGUUUAUGUGAUGUGACUAUGAACUGAACAAAGUGUAGACAUCAUUUCACCAACUGUUAGGAUGGAGGACACAUCUCUACUGCAGCUACUCUUUCUGACCUCACUGCUGAGCAGCACAACAAACCAAGCCUCUCUGACUGUGAGUCCCAGCAGCUCUCAGAUGUUUGAAGGACAGUCUGUCUCUCUGAGCUGUGAGGAGGACGACAGCUCUGCUGGAUGGACUCUGAGGAGGAACACAACCAGAGAAACCAGGACUCAGUGUGGAGAUGGCUGGGGAAGACCUGCUGGUUCUUCCUGUAACAUCAGAUACAUGGCCCCAUGGGACAGUGGAGUUUACUGGUGUGAGUCCAGAGAGGGAGCAACCAGUAACAGCAUCAACAUCACUGUCACUGGUGGACCAGUGAUCCUGCAGAGUCCUGUCCUCCCUGUGAUGGAGGGAGAAGACCUCACUCUGCACUGUAAAACAGAGAACUCCUCCAACCUCCCAGCUGGUUUCUAUAAAGAUGGCUCCUUCAUCAGGACUGAGCCUGCAGGUCACAUGACCAUCCACCAUGUUUCCAGGUCUGAUGAAGGCCUCUACAAGUGUUACAUCAGCAGUGUUGGAGAGUCUCCAUCCAGCUGGGUCUCUGUCACAGUUCUGACCUCACUGCUGAGCAGCACAACAAACCAAGCCUCUCUGACUGUGAGUCCCAGCAGAUCUCAGAUGUUUGAAGAUGAAUCUGUCUCUCUGAGCUGUGAGGAGGACGACAGCUCUGCUGGAUGGACUCUGAGGAGGAACACAACCAGAGACACCAGGACUCAGUGUGGAGAUGACUGGGGAAGACCUGCUGGUUCUUCCUGUAAAAUCAGAUACAUGUUCCCAGGGUACAGUGGAGUUUACUGGUGUGAGUCCAGAGAGGGAGCAACCAGUAACAGCAUCAACAUCACUGUCACUGGUGGACCAGUGAUCCUGCAGAGUCCUGUCCUCCCUGUGACGGAGGGAGAAGACCUCACUCUGCUCUGUAAAACAAAGAGGUUCUCCAACCUCCCAGCUGGUUUCUAUAAAGAUGGCUCCUUCAUCAGGACUGAGCCUGCAGGUCACAUGACCAUCCACCAUGUUUCCAGGUCUGAUGAAGGCCUCUACAAGUGUCUCAUCAGCAGUGAUGGAGAGUCUCCAUCCAGCUGGGUCUCUGUCACAGACUGGUCUGCCACCUGGUGGUGUUCUGUCCAUUCUGCAUCUCCACUUUCAUCAUGGUGUCUUCAUAUCGACGCUGGGCCACAGGAAUUGGCCUACCUGUUGCCAUGGUGAUGACCUCGCCCACCCAGGCUGAGGAGGGAUUGGAUGAUGAAUAUGAGAAUGACAUCACCGCUGUCACCAGAGAGCAUCACUUCUGAACUGAUCUGAAAAGAAGCUGAAAUCUCCGUAGAUCAGAAACAGUUCCCCGGCCGUCUUGAUAUAAUUAUGAUUUAAACAUAUUCAAUAUGAAAUCAUUGCUUUAAGUUUGAAUUGCUC